AUGGGUACUUGCAUUGCAGCUAUUCAGUGUGCCAUUACAGCAAUUCUUCUUGUGUCCACCACCGUUAGUUCCGAUGAUAAAAGUCCGAUACCUGCCGAUCCGUCGAGCCUAAACAAAUGGUUUCAAGACAAUGUCAGGCCCCUGGCAAACCGUAAGGGCACCAUAGACCCUGCCCUCAUGGCGGCCGAAGCCAAACCAAGAACCAUCAAGGUUCGGAAAGAUGGAAGUGGAGAAUUCAAAACCUUGAAGGAUGCCAUUAACAGCAUUCCAACAGGGAAUAAAGAACGAGUGAUUGUGCAUAUUGGACCUGGAGAGUACAUUGAAAAACUCAAAAUUGAACGUGGGAAACCUUUUGUUACAUUCUUGGGAUCACCUAGUAACAUGCCAACCUUGUCAUUUCAUGGCACGGCAAGACAAUAUGGAACUGUUUACAGUGCUACCUUGGAAGCUGAGGCUGAUUACUUUGUAGCUGCUAAUAUCAUUAUCAAGAAUUCUGCGCCGAGGCCAAAGGGGCAAUUGAAAGGAGAACAAGCAGUUGCUCUCAGGAUUGCCGGCGACAAGUCUGCUUUCUAUAACUGCAGAUUUAUUGGAUUUCAAGACACAUUGUGCGAUGACAAGGGACGCCAUCUCUUCAAGGAUUGUUAUAUUGAAGGCACCGUUGAUUACAUUUUUGGAAGUGGAAAGUCCUUGUAUUUGGGAACAGAGUUACAUGUGGUUGGUGAUGAAAAAGGGAAUUUCAUCACUGCCCAUGCUAGAAACAACGAGGCAGAAAAUACUGGAUUUUCGUUCGUGCAUUGUAAAGUAGAUGGCACUGGCACCAAGAGGGCGUAUUUGGGACGAGCAUGGCAGCAAAGGCCACGAGUAGUGUUCUCAUACACUACCAUGAGUAGUGUUGUCAAUCCUGAGGGAUGGUCCAAUAAUUUCCACCCUGAACGAGACCAGACUGCCUUAUUUGGAGAAUACAAGUGCAAGGGGGAAGGAGCUAACCUCGCAGCCCGUGCUAAAGCGAGCAAGCAGCUAACCCCUGGUCAAGUGGCACCCUUCAUUUCUCUUGGUUUCAUUGAAGGUUCCAAAUGGCUGCUACAUCCUCCAAGUUAA